AAGCUUUUUUGCAAUUUAUCACCAAUACAUCUAUUUAGACUGCGACUUCAGAAAAGUCAAAAUGAGUGCUUUUAUUGGAGACAUGACUCCUGAAGCUGGGAAUGAGACUCAGACGGACGAAUCAGGACCGGAUCAGGAAAACAUAAUUACAGAAACCCAGGAGGAUUCAGCGUCAUCCAGUCAACAAACAAAUGAAUCACUGCGGCCAAACUUAAGGCACCGCAUGUUACAGAAAACAGGCCUUUCAGAGCCGCAACCGAAGGAUGACACCAUAGAGUACCCAGCAGAUGACGAGUAUGGACUUUUUGAACAGGGUAGGGACUAUGAGCCGGUGUAUGUGACACACAAGUACACAAAGGAGGAGCAGAGAACUCUCAGUUCCUUUGAGAGCGUGGAUUACCUCCCUCCACACAGUGAAAUCUACAAACAAUGGCUCAAAAAUCAGGGCCCUCUAGGGUACAAUCUGGGGCGAUGGGUCAUCAUGGGACUGAUUGGGUUCUUUGUGGGAAUGAUUGGGUUUUUGCUCCAUGACCUGAUAGAAGAAAUAGCUCACUUGAAAUGGCAUUUAACACGACAAUUCAUAGAUGACAAUGAUUUUGCACUGGCAUGUGUUGUUGCUAUUGCAUACAGUCUGGUUUUCAUUAUAUUCAGUUCAUUCAUUGUUGUGUUUUUGCGACCAAGUGCGGCUGGCUCAGGGAUACCAGAAGUGACAGGGUUUCUUAAUGGGACCAUGGUCCGUCAUAUAUUUAAUGUAAAGACGCUGGCGGUGAAAUUCUUCUCUUGUGUGGCAGCAGUGGGGUGUGGCUUACCUGUUGGCCCAGAGGGUCCAAUGAUUCACAUGGGUGCUCUUGUUGGAGCGGGGGUGAGUCAGUUUCAGUCAGAGACCCUCAGAAUCAACCUCCCAAUCUUUGAGAGGUUCAGGACUUCUGAGGACAGACGUAAUUUUAUAUCUGCGGGGGCAGCUGCAGGGGUGGCUUCGGCCUUUGGUUCUCCAGUUGGGGGCCUCCUAUUUUCAAUGGAGGAGGUGUCCUCGUUUUGGACCACGACUUUAUCAUGGCAGAUAUUCUUCUGUUGCAUGAUCUCUACCUUCACGACCGAUUUAUUCAACUCAGCUUUUGCUGGAUUCAAAUUUACAGGCGCAUUUGGUCAGUUCAAGACAACCAGAUACAUUCUCUUUAAUAUUGAGAGGGGUAUAGAUGUUAACAUCUUGAUGUUUAUCCCUACCAUUAUUAUCGGACUCAUCGGGGGACUGUUGGGCGCAGUGUUUACAAUCCUCCAUCUUAAGAUGACACGAGGCAGGAAGAGGUUUCUGGCCAACAUAAAGAGUGAAUGGCUCCAGAAACUUCUCAGGAUAUUUGAACCUGCUGUUAUAAUUAUUAUUGUGACCAUUCUAUCAGUGUAUCUCCCCCAAGCCUUUGGUUGUACUAAGUUUACCUGCAUAGAAGGAGUUAGUGGGGAUGUCAGUGUGAACUGUAUGAAUGACACCAGGAAUCCACUACAUGUGGAGUCUACUGUAGAGACUUACACCUGUAAGAAAGGGAUAAUCACAGGAUCCACCAACACUACAAUUUACACUAACAGUACCUAUAAUGAAAUGGCCACUCUGAUGUUUGGGACCCUGGAGAAUGCAGUGAAGCGGCUCUUUUCCCGCGACACACAUCUCCAGUUUGGAUUUGGUUCACUGCUGACGAUGCUUGUCAUCUACUUCCUGUUGAUCUGCUGGGCUACAGGAACCUCUGUAGCCAGCGGUGCCUUGGUCCCCAUGUUAUUGGUGGGGGGUUUGUAUGGUCGGGCUGUGGGUCUCCUGAUGACCUACAUGUUUGGCGUCCACAGUGAGGAUUUUGGGUACUGGGCUUGGAUGGACCCAGGAGUUUUCUCACUGAUUGGGGCAGCCUCAUUCUUUGGAGGAGUCACCCGCCUGGCCUUAGCUGUGACUGUGAUCAUGAUGGAGCUGACCAAUGAUGUACAGAUCCUUCUACCAGUGAUGGUCUCGGUGAUGGUGGCCAAGUGGGUGGGGGAUUUCUUCACCCACCCUAUCUACCACGCCCUGCUGGAGCUGAAAUGUAUCCCUCUCUUGGACCCUGAGCCAAGAGUCAGGAUAGACAAACAACAGUUGAACUUGGACCUUUACAAGGCGGGUGACAUCAUGUCGUCCCCGGUGAUCACCGUCCAGACCCGCGAGUCCGUGUCCGUCCUGUCCACCCUCAUUCUGAACACGACUCACGGAGGAUUUCCCGUCAUUAGCAAAAACACAGACGGCAGCGAGAGCUUCUUUGGCAUCAUCACCAGAAUGGAGGUCAUAGUGCUCUUGAAGAAUGAUGCUUUGUUUAAGCCAGAGAAUGAUUCAGAGGAAAGUCUUGAAGAAGAUGGAGCUCCAUCUUGGGUGGAAUACAAUCAGUUGAAUGUACACAAGCUGACAGAUCCCCACGAUACAUCAGUGAUGCUACACAAGUAUGCCUCAGAUCCACGCUACAGUAGUCUAUAUAUAGACCUGAAAAUGUUUGCAAACCAGUCUGCUCUGUUCAUUCCGGAGAAGUUUUCGCUCCAGAGGACAUACAUAAUUUUCCGUACCCUGGGCCUGCGGCACUUGACGGUGGUAGACUGCCGGAACUCCGUGAAGGGAGUCAUCACAAGGAAGGACCUGAUGGGAUUCUACAUGGAAGAGAGGCUGGAGGAAAAAAUGAAAAGGAGGCCAACCUUGGAGUUGGAUGACCUUCAGAACCGAGGCACAGAUAGUGACCGGCGGAGUAGCGCCUGCACACAGACAGACUUACUGGACGUGUCGAUAUGGGUUACCACCCAGAGGCGGGGGUCCGCCGACAUCAUAGACACCGCCAUCAAAUCACACAACAUCAAGAAGGACUGGCAUGCCAGCUUAAAGGAGAUUGGAAUCUUCUGGGGAGGCUCCCUCAUAAUGCAAACCGUGAUCGGUCCCGGAAUUUUCACCUCCCCUAAGAACGUGGUGUCGGGAGCAGGGUCCGUGGGCUUGACCUUUGUCAUCUGGGCCCUGUGUGGGGUGUUCUCUACAUGUGCUGCCUUGUGUUUCUCUGAACUCCAAAUCUUUGUCCGACGGGCGGGUUGUGAGUAUGGCUACCUCCACAAAGCCUUCGGUCCCCUCCCCGCCUUUAUCUACACGUGGAUGCGUAUUGGUGCGGCCGAACCUUGCACCACUGCUGUCUUUGCCAAAGCGUUUGCCAGCUACAUCGCAGAUUUAAUCGGCGACGAUUGUGGACCGCCAGCUAUCCUACACAAGCUGUUGGCCAUUUUAGCGAUCAUAACACUGUCCAUCGUCAAUGCAUACAACGUACAGUUGGCAAGACAGAUGAUAUCUGUAUCAAAUCUGGCAAAAGUCAUCACUAUCGGUACCAUUAUAGCCAGCGGAAUAUACAAUAUUUCAUCCGGAAGAACGGGGUCGCUGGGGGAGGGAUUUAAAAACACCGAGUCCUCCAACAACCACGUGGUCUUUGCCGUCUACAACUCCAUGUGGGCUUAUGGUGGAUGGUCAAAUGUCCCAUCUGUCACAGCUGGGGUCAAAAAACCACCCAAAAAUCUUCCUCGAUUGGUAAAGAUCGUCAUUCCGACGGUGAUGCUGAUUUACCUGUCCACUGUGACGUCAUACUUCACGGUGCUGACGCCGGAAGAAAUGACGGCGCAUCGCUGGUUUGGGGUUACGUGGGGACGAAAAAUGUUAGGAGGGGCAGGCUUUCUUAUCCCUGUCGGCGUUGCAUUUGUUGCUUUGGGAAAUGCCAACAACACAAUCAUAGCAUCGGGGAGAUUAUCGUCAAUUUCUGCGGAGGACGGAUAUGUCCCGGAGUUUCUAACAUACAGACACGUCAGGACGAAGAGUCAUAUUCCGGCCAUCAUUAUGAGGGCAAUAGCAGCAAUCGUCAUGGCCACGUGUCUGUCCUCCCAGCUGAUGGUACGGUUCUGGAUUUUCACGGUCUGGUUGUUUCACGGACUCGCCAUUUUUGGUCUGAUCGUCAUGAGGAUUCGCAAACCCCACCUCCCUAGGCCGUACAAAGUGAACAUACUAAUCCCUAUCUUUGUGACCCUGGGGGCGGGCUACUUGGUGAUUGCCCCCCUCACAGUCUACCCACUGAAGGGCGAGUUCAUCCUGACGCUGGCCGUGGCUGGGUCCGCCGUUGUGUUCUAUGUCCCGCUAGUCAGGUGGAGUUGGAAUAAAAAGAUUACAGAUUACUUUACGGUUUUCUUCCAACUGUUCUUUGAGAUCGUUCCAGAGAAACGUUUCCAGAAGCGUCAGAGACAAAAGAAAUCCCGGCGACCGGCGUCCGUAGCGCCGAUGACGACACUGGAGCCCAUCGAGGAAAUGAUAAACGAGUUUGACGACGCCUCUUCGGUAAGAAGGAUGGGUCGCCAGGACUCCAACGACGCAUGCUCAGUUGACUUUUCCGACGUGUUCACGGUGGCGACCUAUGACACCAUGGGGUCACUGGAUGACCUUGAGUCGAUGGACGGGACCAUUGACGACUCCGUGUCAAACUUCAGUAGCUCGCCCUCUAGCGGCGAAAACUCGCCCCCGCCGAGGUACGAGGAAUCCUUCGACUAUGUGACCAAGCUGUGAAAGGUGUUGCAUGUUACACCAUUGGGUCAUAUUUAUUCGGACAAGAACGGGUUUUAACGAUUUAUCUGGUCCAAAAUAUAAUGAUAAAGGCACGGGAUCGUUCUUUUAGGCAUGGGAAUCAUUCUUUCCUGCGACCAAAAACAAUAAAUCACAGAGACCAUUCUAUUUGGCAGCUGCAAGAUUUGGCUAGUUCAAUUGCCAGUCACCGAGAAAAUUCUGAAUGCAAAGAGUUCAGAGCGAUGUCAUCAUGCCAUGUUAGUUUUAUCAAAUUGAUCAAUGGGAGGUUACAAAGUUUUGUCUGUGAUAAAAUGUUUAGAUAUAUAUGUUUGAUUUGUUUUGUUACAAAGUAUUUAUUUUAUUCAUUGUUCAUUUGUUACAACUUUGUUUUCGAUAUUUGAUAAAAUUGUUUUCUUUUUCUGUGUUUGCCUACUUCCCGUUCUCAACUACAAGAAAAAUAUCAGUGACACCUCAAGUCGAAUUUAACUCAUAGGUGCCGCGAGCAGAAUUGCUGUCUGGUCAUCCAAGAAAUCGGGCGUAAAGAUACAGUCAUGUACGAUUUUUGAUUAAACCAAUUACAGUUAUUACACCAAUGAACAGUCGGUGGGUCGUCGCAUGAUUCUCGAACUAAACCAAAAUCAGGCAAGACGAUAAUCAUCAUUAGAUCUCCAGAUAGUCGCCCUUAAAUACAAAAUCGGUCUUCCAAAAACCUAACAGAUUUAGGAGCGUCUGAUGUAUAACUUGCACAUAAUAAAGGAAAAACCUUCAUACACGUAAGCAUAAUUAUAAAUAAUGUAUAUAUUCACAUUACCAA